UACGAGAAGAGAGGGGCGUCGCGGCAGCCACGACACAACCGGAGAAUCUCUCCUCUCCUCUCCUCUCCUCUCAUCUCUCUUCGCUUCGCUUCGCUUCCAUCCCCGCCGGUCGCCGGAGCACCCCCUUCCCAAUGGCGGCGUCCGCCCUCGAGUCCGCCUGGGAGGGCCUCACCAGCAGCUUCACCGAGUUCCAGCUCGCCACCGUCGUCACCUUCCUCCUCCACGAGACCGUCUUCUUCCUCUCCGGCCUUCCCUCCCUCCUCUUCGAGCGCUUCGGCCUCUUCGCCAAGUACAAGAUCCAGAAGAAGAGCAAUACCCCUUCUUACCAGAAUAGAUGUGUGCUGCGUCUCAUUCUGUACCAUGUCUGCGUGAACUUGCCUGUAAUGGUUUUCUCCUACCCUGCCUUCAAAUUCAUGGGCCUGAGGAGCUCUCUUCCUCUGCCACACUGGACGGUUAUUGUUUCUCAAGUUCUUUUCUACUUUGUACUCGAGGAUUUCAUAUUUUAUUGGGGACAUAGGGCACUGCACACCAAAUGGCUAUACAAGCAUGUUCAUAGUGUUCACCAUGAAUAUGCUACACCCUUUGGCUUAACUUCUGAAUAUGCCCACCCUGCUGAAAUUUUAUUCCUUGGAUUUGCCACAAUUGUUGGUCCCGCCCUCACUGGUCCUCACUUGUUCACUCUAUGGCUGUGGAUGGUGUUGAGGGUAUUGGAGACAGUUGAAGCUCACAGUGGAUACCACUUCCCAUGGAGCCCAUCAAAUUUCCUGCCACUAUAUGGAGGAUCUGACUUCCAUGACUAUCAUCAUCGUGUGCUCUACACCAAAUCAGGAAACUACUCCUCUACUUUUAUUUAUAUGGACUGGCUGUUUGGGACGGACAAGGACUACCGCAAUGCCAAGGUUAUUGAGGUGAAAGACGGGAAGCAUUUGUAAAUUGUGGGAGCUCCUCUCUUUCUCUUUGUUCAACUCAUCGAAACAAGGGUUUGAUAUCUUGUACUGGUUGAUAGCAUUGUGUUCAUGGGAGGAAGUAGGUGUCCUUGCCACAGGUAUCACCUGAGAUGAUCAUACACUUUAGAUUUUCUUUGCCCAAAUUCGCUAUACUAUCAUCAUGAGACCCUGCUGUGUUAUGGAGGCCUCCAUGAUGUAAUUUGUCAUAAGCUUAAUUUGAUGUGCGCUAUUUUGUGGUUUGCUUGGACGGGGAUAUAUGCCAUGACAGAAGUGAACUAAUCGAAUCAGAAAAUUGUCAGAUCA